GCAGGUUUUGUGCCACGGUUACCUCGUUCCGAACGAGUCCUGAGUCCUGAGCCCCACCAUCUACAAAACGAAAAAGAGAAAAUAAGUACGUGAUUGUAUACUCUCUGCCUAGUCCACAAAAAAAUUUAGAUUACAAGCACUCAAGUUCAUUUGACAUGGGAUUUUGAUCAUUGUUAAAUGUUUACAUGAUUUAAUUUAUAACUGAUUUAGUGCCAAUCAAAAUUUCCUAGUUUAAAGUGCCCAUUCAAGUUUCAUUAGUUCUACAUCUUAUAUCAUUUUUUUCGGCUUACUGAAUCUUAUGUGUAUGGAAUCAACUUACGACACACCAAUUAAAAAAUUGAAACAAAAUGUGAGUCUUCACGUGGCUGAGUGUAUUCGGCAAUUUGAAUUGCCACAACAGUUUCCCAGUACCAUUACUGAACUUCAUUCAUCCAAAAUAGAAUCUGAUUUUGAUGCAUCAUGCAUGAAAACACAGAAGUUGCCUAGUGUUUCACCGGCACCUUUAUCUAUAAUGAAGUUUAUACCAACUAAAGAAUUACCUUUUUUUAAUAAUCUUAAAAAAAUUAAGUUAAAACUGCCAGAUGGAACAGAUGUAGGGGAGGUAAAAAUUGUCCUUCCAAAAACUAAUGAAAACGUCAAAGCUAAAUGUAUCACAUUAUCUAAUUUGGGUAAAAAAUCAGAAACAUCUGUCACAUGGGCCAUUGAAUCAAACUUAUCUAUUGAAAAAGACCCAAAAGUUGAAACUAUUACGAAAAUUCUUAACAGUUCAACUUCGAAAACUAGUGUUACAUCACAAAAAACAUCUUUACCAAACAUAGAUGCACAAUUAAUUAGUAGCUCAGAAACUGCUGAUACAGGUUCACCAUUUACAGAUACUAAUGAUUCUCUAAGAAAAAAUACAAAUCUGCAAAAAUUAGCUGUUAAACAUUCUAAUUUAGUACUCUUUAAGCACGUUAAAGAAUCACAGGUAAAUAAUUUAAAUAGUUGUUCGGGGCCCCAAGAAAAAUUGAUAAAACAUAGAUCAAAUCAGAUUUUCCAACCAUUAACAAACAGGUCACGGUCGUUAAAAAUCUUUAAAACAAACCUUACAGAAUCUGACAAUAUCACAAAUAAAAAAAAAAUAAUUUUCAAACGUUAUGUCAAUAAUUGUUCUCUGAAAAGAGAUAGUUUAUUGAUGGAGGAUUUGAAUCAAUCACUAUCUAGAAAUCCUAAUUCAUCAAGUGAAUGUGUGAGUUCCAAUUGUAACUCAGAUAUGAAAACCUUUUAUAACAAAUCAAAAAAUUUUCCAAAUAUCCUUUACAGAAAUAAGACACUUGAUAAAAAUAUGGUUAAAACUCUUGAUAAUAGUGCUGAAAAAUCAAGACUUACAUCAUUUCACCCUAACUUUCAAACAGAUAACAUUAGUAACACAAAAUGUAUGACCACCAAUGAUGAGGUUAAAGUUUACAAAAAGAAAAUACAAAUUUUAGAUAAAAAGAAGGAAUUAGCGAGAGAAAAACUAAGCAUCUUAGAAAAAGCUGUUCUUACUAUUCAAGAUAGUUCUCUCAGAGUAAAAGCCUUAGCUGCUCUUAAAGAUUGCGGUAUUAAAACAAAAAAAAAAGUCCCACUUAAACGUUUGUUAAAUUCGAAAAUUAUAAACGAAUCUCAAACGCAAACUGAAAUAUUUUCUUUGUUAAAAGAAAAAGAACUUAUUCUUGUCACAGAAAAGUCUGAUGGUCUAUCAAGAAUUAAACAAAGAGGUAUUGUUAUGAAGCAGGCAAUUAAUGCACUCUACAAUGGAGAGUGUGGGAAUCAAAUCUAUUCAAAAGAUAAAGAAAAAUUUAAACACGAACUAGAUGAGUUAUUAGAACAAAUAUUUCCACAAAGUAUGGGUCUAUUAAAAAUAAAAAAAGUUUUAUCAGAAUCACAAACAGCUUUUAUCAAAACAAUAAUGAAUCAACUUCAAGCUGAUUUAGAAGCUUCUAUUAGUUAUGAUGACAACGGUUAUCUUGCGAUUCAUAGAGCAAUCAAGAACAACAACACAAUAGAAGUACAAAAAAAUAUUAUAAUAUUGAAAGCAGUUGGAAAAAGUAUUGACAUAUGUACUAAAGAUGAACAGACUGGACUGGAAUUGGCAGUUGACUGUGAAACAGAUACGCAAAUCAUACAAUUAUUACUGAACUCUGGCGCCCAACCAGUAUCGUCAAAACCUAUACACGAUUCUGCUAUUAUAAUUGCUGCUAAAAAAUCAUCAAGAAUUUUACCAUUACUUUUUGAACGCAUUAGUCAAGAAAAUAGAUCAUUAUUAAAUUUAAAGAAUUCAGAAGGUUUCGCCGCUAUUCAUUAUUGCGCACAACGUGGGAAUCUAAAUGGUAUUAUAGAACUUCUUAAACAUGGUGCUGAAGUUAAUUUACAAGACGAAAGAAGUGGAAAAACAGCUCUAUUUUACGCAGUAGAUACGAAAAAUUGUGAUAUCCCUCAAGACGCUUACUAUGAUACAGCUUUCAAGCUUUUAGAAUAUGGUGCUGUAUCAAAUAUACUAACAUUUUCAAAACAUAGCGUGUUAUCAAUAAUUGAUGACAUCAAGAACCAUCCGUUAAAAAUUGCUCUAAAUAAAGCAAUUCAAUAAGAAAAUUCACU